AAGGAAGAAGAGGAAGGAGGUUUUCGACAGAAAUGGCGAACCGUACGGAUCCCUCGGCGAAGAACAUACACGGUACAAACCCGCAGAACCUGGUGGAGAAGAUUGUGAGGUCGAAGAUAUACCAGCACACGUAUUGGAAGGACCAGUGCUUUGGUCUUACGGCGGAAACCUUGGUCGACAGGGCCAUGGAGCUCGACCACCUUGGUGGCACCUUCGGCGGCAACCGCAAACCCAGUCCCUUCAUCUGCCUUGUCAUGAAGAUGCUCCAGAUCCAGCCCGAGAAGGACAUUGUAGUUGAGUUCAUUAAGAACGACGAGUACAAAUAUGUGCGGAUACUUGGAGCCUUUUAUCUCCGUCUUACAGGGACUGAUGUGGAUGUCUAUCGCUAUCUAGAGCCUUUGUACAAUGACUACCGCAAACUGAGGCGAAAGUUGGCUGAUGGACAGUUUACGUUGACGCAUGUGGAUGAAGUCAUCGAUGAGCUCCUCACAAAAGAUUAUUCAUGUGAUAUUGCCCUACCUCGUAUUAAGAAAAGGUGGACUAUUGAGCAAAUUGGUUUGCUAGACCCUAGGAAAAGUGUUCUGGAAGAUGAUUUUGAAGAGGAGGAAGAGAAAGAGGAUAAUGGCCAAUUAGAGGAUGGGUUGGAAGAUGGUGAAAAGGAUUAUUACCAUGGACGGAGUCCCACGAGGGAAAGAGAGAGGGAUAGAAGACGUGAUAGUCACAGACACAGGGAUCGAGACAAUGACAGGGACUAUGACAGAGAACGGGGCCGUGGACGUGAAAGAGAUAGGGAUAGAGACAGGGAUCGGGAUAUCCAUAGAGAAAGGGACAGGGACAGGGACAGAGACCGUUAUCGUUUGAGAGAAGAAAAAGAAUACGGUCGUGACAGAGAGCGAGAACGAGAGAGGGAAGGUAGAGAGCGUGAGAGGCGUGACAGAGAUCGUGGUCGGCGGAGGAGUCGUUCAAGGAGCAGGAGUAGGGAUCGUAAGGACCGAGGAGAGCCAAAGAAAAAGAAGGAGAAGAAAGAGAAGAAGGAUGAUGGCACUGAUCAUCCAGAUCCUGAGAUUGCAGAAGCUAACAGACUCCGUGCAUCCCUUGGAUUGAAACCGUUGAAAUUGUAAGCACCAUGAAUCAUAGAACUAUCUGGGCAUUUCACUAUUUAGUAGACAGGGAGGCGACUGCAACCAAACAGUUUUUGAAUAUUUAUUCCAUCAUUUUUGUUUGUUACCUUCUAUUUGAAUCUCAGUGUAGGAUGUAGAUAUUCUUAACUAGGCUGACUGUCAUCUUAAACUGUUAAUCUUGCAUUAUUUUUUUCCCUGUUGUAAUGAGAUGAUGUUCACGAGCUAGUUUAGUGGCUUGCACUACUCACCA